AUGGCUCGUUACGCUCUCGCUUUCGCUGCGCUCUUCGCAAUUGCUCAAGCUAUCAGCAUCACCUCCCCAUCUACCGAUGGAGAAUGGGAUCUCAGCAAAGGUGCUCAAACUAUCACCUGGUCCUCAGUCAACACUGAUCCUACCACCGUCGAUAUCUACCUUGUCCACAUGGCAUCCAACCCACCUCUCAGCGAUAAACUCUUCAGCAACGUCGAUAUCACCGUUGGAUCUGAGACCGUUUCCGGCCUUCAAUUGCCAACCGGUAACAACUACCAAAUCAACUUUGUCAGCCCAGGAAAACCAGAGCAAAUCUUGGCUCAAUCUCAACAAUUCGAGGUCAAGGGAGUAGCUGAAAGCGCAAGCAGCACUCUUGCAGGUUACACUGGCACCACCUCCACUGGUACCAGCACUUCUACCGGUACUUCUACCUCCACCUCCACUGGAUCAUCCACCACUUCCACCGGUACAUCCACCUCUACUGGAACAUCAACCUCCACCGCAACCGGAUUGGUCACUUCUGCAUCCGCUGCCCGUGCCAGCGGCUCUUCAUCCAGCACCUCAACCUCAAAGAACGGAGCUGCUGCCACCGGUAUCCCAAUGAUGGGACUCUUGGCCGGAGCCGCCGCCAUGUUCUUGUAA